AUGCGCAAGCUUGAAUUUGCCUCACACGAACAGAAGACUAUGAUAAAUGCACAGUUGCCCGAUAGCAACAUGGAAAAUUGGAGAACUGAAAGAGAGCAACACCUUGAGAAACUUGACGUGACACACCCUGGAGUGUGUCCUGGGGCAGAAACUGAGGAAAAGACUUGGAAUGAGUUGCAAGAAGCACUGGAGAUACUAAAAGCUGCUAAGAUGAUCUGUCAUAGGAUUCAGAGGAUUGAACUUGAAAAUUCCAACUUAAUUCUCACAACUGAAAAGCAAGCAAGAGAAAUGGAAGCUCUCUGGGAAAAACAGUUAAGCUCGGGAGCCGAUGCGGUGGAGGCAGCACCCAAAGGUGAUCCAGGGAAGAGGAGGGAGGACGCUGCUGUGAUGGGGAGUCAGGCGGAGCUGACGAAGCUCACAUCUGAGCUCUCUGAAGUGAGAAUGCAGGACGAUUCUUGCAAAAUGGAAGUGGAAAAGUACAAGAAACUGUAUCUAAAAGAACUAAGAAGUAAUAACGCCUUACUCUCACUUCUUCCAAGUAGGACUUGCAAGUGUCCAAAGGGGUUGAGUGCAAAUCUUGAGGAAGAGAUGAGGCAGAACACCUCUGCAAUGGUGACUCUUGGAGGACCUCACCCCAAGUGCCCUCAAGUGGCAAAUCUAACCAGCAGUGGCAUGGAGUCACAAGGAAGUGCGCCCCACACCUCUCAAAGCCCAGAAGGCAGCUGUGAAUUCACGGAGAAUCCUAGCUUGUCUGAGGAUCAGGAAAAAGCAAGGAGAAAGCUGAUCAGCUCAGUACAUUCUCUGCUCGGUGCUUUGCGCCGAGAAGCAAGGAGAGCUACAGUGUUAGAGAAAGAGCUAACUGAGAUAAAGAAGAUCUUGAAUAUGCUCCCAAAGGAAGGACACAGGUGUGAUGGCAGAAGACAGAGUUUUCGAGAAGUUUCAAAAGCCAGUCAAGCUGAAAUGAAUAGUCCAGUUGGCAUGCUAAGGCUUGAGGGAGAAGCAGCAGCAAAAGAAAACUUAGUGCAUGUUCGAGAGAAUCCAAGCGCCGCAGUCCUAACUCAGAUGGAACUUGAAAUGAAAGAGAUCGAAGCUGCCAUCUCUGAAGAGAGCACCCAAGAGCUCUUGGUUAAAAGAGAACUGGAAGUUUGGAAGAAGCUCUAUCGAGGAGAGAUAGAGCGUAUAGAUGGCAUGCCAUUGGAACUGAGGGUGUAAGCUCCUGGCUCGCCAUGAAAACACAAAAAUGCUCAGGGAACCCGUUCAUGAGAUUUGUAGACUGUGAAAGCU